GGUCCGGAUGUAGAUCAGAACUACGACAUGGCGGGACUUGGAGAUCAAAAUCUGACUUCAGAAGGAACCCAGACUAAGGCUGGAAGUUCUACUGACGGCCACAUAGAGAACAAAAAGGCAGUUCCUGCAUUUCUGGCAGCAGCAGCGAAAGAAAUAGGAGGAAAAGUCGUCAGCCAGCUUGGCGACAGGAUCGCGGACGGUGUAGUGGAGAACCACCAGGAGAAGGUGGUGAGCGGUCUGCAGGACUACCUGGGGAAACAGAUGGACAAGUUCGACGAUGAGUACAAAGAACUGCUGAAGGACACCAGUGGGCUGGCAGCGGGUUUGAAUCGGCCGGUAGAGGAGGCGGACAUCCAGCUUGUUCCUAGACCAGGAGCCACGAUGGGUAACAUGUAUGCACCACCAGGCUGGGAGAUCCGACAUAAGUACAAGUACAAGGAAGACAGAGAUGAAGAAACGGUCAGUUCCGGCGGACAGGCAUCAGCCUACACCUACCCAGCCGGACUAGGACCAGUUCUGAUGAACGGCUGCUUCGGGACAGGCUAUAAGAAUGGAGACCCCUGCUGGGAGGCCAAAAUACCACAAAAAGGCUGUCCUAAUCUGAUCGACGGCGCAACCUACCUUGGCGUCGGGUUUGACGGAAGAGGCGUGUACUCGGCUGAGUCUAGGAAGAAAAGUGUCAUCCAGAGAUCAUGCAAAAACUUGCAAACAUACGGUAAAAACAAAGUACCUGACUCUAUGACCGUGCAAGGCAUAUACGACACAGAUGUAGAAUCCUACACCUUCAGCUCAACGGAAGAAUACAGGCAAUACCUUGCGGAGAAAUCGGCCGUCACUUCUGCCAGGGCCAUGUUCCAGGAAGAGAUCAACAAGGCUGCUGGACACGGAGCAGGGGGUGGACCGUUUGGACUCAUUGCCUGGGGAGGGAGUGGACACUCCAGUCAGAGUGGCACAUCCAGCCAAUCAUCAGGCUCCAGUGCCAGCUCCUCUGCCAGCGCUCAGCUGAGUGAGAAGCAGACACAAACGUUCAUGGCCAUGCUGGAGAUAAACAUAUUCAGAUAUGAGAUCUUCAUGGACGACGUGACGCCGGAACAGUUAAACGUGGGCUUCCUACGAGACUUCAUUUCCCUGCCUGAGUCCUACUUCUCUCCCGGUGCAGAAAUUAUCUUCCAAAACUUCUACCUUCGCUGGGGAACACACUACAUCAAGUCAGCCAAAUUUGGAGGCCAGCUGAAGAUUAUAAAAACAAAACAAGCUACACAGGACCUGUCGAUGUCUGAAUUCGCGACUAAAGCCGAGGCUGACUGGAAGAUGACCCUCAGCACCUUCUCAGCGCAGACGUCACAGACCAAGUCCAGUAGCUGGUUUCACGAGCACGAGUCUAAGACUGAAUCACAUGAGUCUACUGGACAAGCAGCUUCUGAUUCUGAAUCACAGGCCAACAGACAGGAAGAGAAGCAAGCAUCAGCCCAGGAGUACAGUAACGAGGUUCUGGUGGUUCAAGGCGGAGACCAGAAGAUCGCCGCUGUCAUCACGGAGUUGUACACGACAGCCCUAACAACAGAGCUGAAGGACUGGUUAGAGUCCAUUAACGACUACCCCAAACCCUUCUCCUUCGUGUUAAGGCUGGUCUCAGAUCUACUAAACAUCCCAUUCGUCUCGCUCUUCCCUGCAGGAGAUGUGGACUAUGGUUGCCUCGGUAGGAGGGAUCUUCAGACGGAAGUGGGAACUGGCCGAAAGUAUUACACGCAAAAUACAGUAAAACCGGAUGUUGGCAACAAUGGAUCUAAAAAUGGAAGUGAACCGGUAACGGUUACUGAGAUCCGUUAUUGUAAUUUUGAAAACCGUAAAGCCCUUGAAGACAGCAUGACGAAGAGGAGGCUGGCACUUCAACGUGCUGUUACAGUGUACCUAGAAGAGGGUCGUAUCCUGAGUUCGGACUUCCUCCUGCCCGCUGGAGAGGCAGGUUGUGAAACCGCCAUGUUGGCGUUCCUUCAGGAAGACAACACCGGCGUGCCCACAUGGAAAGACAUGACCGGAGGAAAGGAGUUCACGGUCGUGUUUGACAUGCCGUAUGACAUCCCGGGGAUUCUUCGGGCUCAAGACGUGCUGACACUUAAGUUCUAUCGUCACAAGUGGUUCUCUACCAGGAAAGGGUCUGUACCACAUCUGUAUGAUGGCUACAAAAACGGGGGAAGCGAGGACGACCAGGCGAAAAAGGUCAGCGUCCAGGGGCUUGUCAUGACGUAUGAUGAGGGAACAGGUGUCUUUACGGUGACGGAGGACGACUUUAAUGCCUCAGUUACACUACUGACAGACUUACCAGACUGGGUAAAAGGCCGUGACGUCGCCAGAGCUGAGUACAAACAACUACUCAACCACUUAAGCCAGAAGAGUGACACAGUUGGAGACGUACCGUGUAGCAUCCAAUGGACUAACGCGCAUCGCUUUGAUCCGACCGAUGGAGGAAAGUGCAUCCACUUCACUGCAGCAUCAGAAGGCGACAUCUUUGUUGUGUUUGCCAGCAUCCCGCAAAACCAUGAGACAUGGAUAUAUGUACAGAUCACACCUGAGGGAGUGGCACUGUAUAAGGCACUGCGGCUAAAAACCACCCAGCUGAAUGACAAUGCCGGCGGUCUGGGUUCGGCAACCCUGUACCAGUCGUACUUUGUCUGUGUGACUGAAGAUGUGGACGACACGACAACAGUCAUUCAAUUCGGCAAGACGCCUGACAACGAGGAGCGUCCCCACGUCUGGUUGAGUUUUAAAUUCAACGAGUUGGCGUCCCUUCGGUACUAUUCCUUCGGCAGUGGGGAGUCUCCUGUCAAGGUGAUGGGACUGUCACUGCUGGACAAGCCGGCAAAGGACUUCAUCAUCUGCCGGGAAGGGACGGAGUUGAUCAACGGGGUCUGUCAACAAAAAUGUCACUCCGAGUGCAACGGAUGCCGCACAAGUGGAUCCGACUCUCCAAAUGACUGCAUCGCCUGUAAACAUCUGAAGGUGUCCUACCCCUACAGAGAGGGACAGACUGGUGAUUUCGAAUGCGUCGCGCAGUGUCCACAGCACAUGAAAUCUGACACUGCUACAAAAGCAUGUUCAUGCAUUAAGAGAAUGAAAGAAACCCACCCUGAUGGUGUUGUGGACUGUGUGACGGAGUGCCCUCUGACACACUUUGAUGAUAACAACGUGUGCGAAAAAUGCAGCAGCCUUUGUAAAGAUGUCAGUAAUGAAGGGAAAAGGACCUGCUCCGGACCUGCUUCAACAGACUGUGACACCUGCAAGUAUCAACAUGAGGGACGCUGUGUAGAGGGAUGCAGACCUGGACAGAAAGCUGUGAAGGAUUGCUGUUUUCCAUUCACGUACGAAGGAAACACCUAUAAUGCCUGUACCAGCGUCGACCAUGACCGUCCCUGGUGUUAUUUAUCCGAUGGCUCCUGGAAAAACUGUGACGGAAAUUGCCAUUUUCCAUUUACGUACAAAGGAAAAACCUAUAAUGCCUGUGAUAGCGUCGACCUGGACCGUCCCUGGUGUUCGUUAACCACGGUCUACAAUGGCUACUGGAAAAACUGUGACGGAAAUUGCCAUUUUCCAUUUACAUACAAAGGAAAAACCUAUAAUGCCUGUACCAGCGUCGACCAGGACCGUCCCUGGUGUUCUUUAACCACGGUCUACAAUGGCUAUUGGAAAAACUGUGACGGAAAUUGCCGUUUUCCAUUUACGUACAAAGGAAAAACCUAUAAUGCCUGUGACAGCGUCGACCAUGACCGUCCCUGGUGUUCUUUAACCACGGUCUACAAUGGCUACUGGAAAAACUGUGACGGAAAUUGCCAUUUUCCAUUUACGUACAAAGGAAAAACCUAUAAUGCCUGUAACAUCGUCGACCAUGACCGUCCCUGGUGUUCUUUAACCAAGGUCUACAAUGGAUACUGGAAAAACUGUGACGGAAGUAAGUUCAUUAUCACGCUAAACCGUUUCCUUCUACAAUUUGCCAUUCUUGUUCUGUGUCUGACAUGGCCAAAAUAACCCAUGCAUGCUAAAUCCCUUUAUGUAACUUUUUCAUCAGGACCCCAAUGCUUACUCUCUCACUUGGCUUAUUGUUUAAAUUAGUGUACAAAAAUUGUCCAUGCAUUUAUUUACAUACCCC